GCCUGGUCAACAGAGGGAGACUCCAUCUCAAAAAAAAAAUUACUUGUUUAUCUGAAAUUCAGAUUUAACCGGACGUCCUGUAUUUUCUCUGGCAGCCUUAGCACUGAGCGUCACCCUGUCCUGUGCUCAUAUCCAGUGGCAAGGCUGGGAUCUUCCAGGCUCUUGUCCAUAUGGGAAAUAGAUACAAAGCUAUAAGCACCGUCUGUUUUAGUUGCUAGGAUGCUUUUAGCUCCAAGCCUAAUGGGCAAGCCCCAUGCGUCCCCCUGGCAAAAACUGGACCCAUUUUCAGAAUCUCCAUGACCAUGCCCUCUGUGUUCCCUUUCACAACAGAAGUCCGGCACAGCUGCCGUCUCCUAUAGGAGAGCUGAGAACUAGGCAGGCAGAAUGGCCAGAGUCUAGAAGUAACCACCUUCUUUGGGUGUGGGGUAAACGGGUGUUUGAGAUCGUCUCUGUUACAGUGGACAGUAUCAGAGAACCUGAGAGUGUCAAGGGAAGAGUUUAGUGUUAUCUCACCUCAUGUCUCAUUUUGCGGAUGAGGCCCAAUGAGAGAAAUGGAGGUGUCCCAGCCACUCAGAAAACCUGUAGUAGAGCUGAAACCUCAAUUCCCAGCCUCCUUACCCUGCUCAAUCCUUCCUUGCUGAUGAAGUCAGCUUGCAGCAUUUAUGGCAGCCAUGGGUGCCAGGCAGUGCUGAGAGCAGUGGGGCAUGGCCGCAGCCCUGCAGGUUCUGCCCCGCUUGGCCCGAGCCCCCUUGCAUCCAUUCUUCUGGGGGGGCCCAGUGGCCCGGCUGGCCAGCAGCAUGGCCUUGGCAGAGCAGGCGCGACAGCUGUUUGAGAGUGCUGUGGGUGCAGUGCUGCCGGGCCCCAUGCUGCAUCGGACACUGUCCUUGGACCCUGGUGGCAGACAGCUGAAGGUGCGGGACCGGAACUUUCAGCUGAAGCAAAACCUCUACCUGGUGGGCUUUGGCAAGGCUGUGCUGGGCAUGGCAGCUGCAGCUGAGGAACUACUGGGCCAGCAUCUCGUGCAGGGUGUGAUCAGCAUUCCCAAGGGGAUCCGUGCUGCCAUGGAGCGUGCUGGCAAGCAGGAGAUGCUACUGAAGCCACAUAGCCGUGUCCAGGUAUUUGAGGGUGCAGAGGACAACCUCCCGGACCGUGAUGCGCUGAGAGCUGCAUUGGCCAUCCGGCAGCUGGCUGAGGGACUCACAGCUGAUGACCUGCUGCUCGUACUGAUCUCAGGUGGGGGGUCAGCCCUGCUGCCUGCCCCCAUCCCACCUGUCACACUGGAGGAGAAACAGACACUCACCAAACUGCUGGCAGCCCGUGGAGCCACCAUCCAGGAGUUGAACACCAUUCGGAAGACCCUGUCCCAGCUCAAGGGUGGGGGGCUGGCUCAAGCCGCCUACCCUGCCCAGGUGGUGAGCCUCAUCCUGUCCGAUGUGGUGGGGGACCCUGUGGAGGUGAUCGCCAGUGGCCCCACUGUGGCCAGUUCCCACAGUGUGCAAGAUUGCCUGCAUAUCCUCAACCGCUAUGGCCUCCGUGCAGCCCUGCCACGUUCCGUGAAGACUGUGCUGUCUCGGGCUGACUCUGACCCCCAUGGGCCACACACCUGUGGCCAUGUCCUGAACGUGAUCAUUGGCUCUAAUGUGCUGGCACUGGCUGAGGCCCAGCGGCAAGCCGAGGCACUGGGCUACCAGGCUGUGGUGCUUAGUGCAGCCAUGCAGGGUGAUGUGAAAAGUGUGGCCCGGUUCUACGGGCUGCUGGCCCAUGUGGCUAGAACCCACCUCACCCCAUCCAUGGCUGGGGCUUCUGUAGAGGAAGAUGCACAGCUCCAUGAGCUGGCAGCUGAGCUUCAGAUCCCAGACCUGCAGCUGGAGGAGGCUCUGGAGACCAUGGCUCGGGGAAGGGGUCCAGUCUGCCUGCUGGCAGGUGGCGAGCCCACAGUGCAGCUGCAGGGCUCAGGCAAGGGUGGCCGGAACCAGGAACUGGCCCUGCGUGUUGGAGCAGAGUUCGGAAGGUGGCCACUGGGGCCUAUAGAUGUGCUAUUUCUGAGUGGUGGCACCGAUGGGCAGGAUGGGCCCACAGAGGCUGCUGGGGCCUGGGUCACACCUGAGCUUGCCAGCGAGGCUGUAGCUGAGGGCCUGGACAUGGCCACUUUCCUAGCCCACAAUGACUCACAUACUUUCUUCUGCCGUCUCCAGGGCGGGCUGCACCUGCUGCACACAGGGAUGACAGGUACCAAUGUCAUGGACACCCAUCUCUUGUUCCUGAGGCCUCGGUGAUGGCAUAGGUCACAUUUUGGGAGUUCAGAGGAGGCCUCCAAGGGCAAGGUCAGAUGGCAGACCAAGGUUGCUCCUCAGGGCCUCACUAGGCUUUAGGGCUCCUCCUUGGCGUUGGCUGCUUGGUUGGCUGUCACUUCUCACUCAGGGCCUCUGCUCUAUGUCCAUUCCCCUCCAGCCAGACUGGCAGAUGGGGGCUCCCCUCUACUCCUACUCUCUGGAUGGCAGCAGGUACCCCUGAGGAUGAGUAUAAGCCCCUCACCCAGUUCACUGUUCCCAUGCUUCUCCCUAGGCAGCCUCUCUGUUAAGCCCCUCACCCUGUUUUUUUCUGUGAAGCGAAAGUGUCUGAAAAUAAAUAGGACUAUGCCAUGGG